GGUAUUUCUCCUGAACAUACUUUUCCUUCAAGAGGCUUCAUAAACUUGUUGACUUUCGUUUGUUUUAAAUUUCCAAAGAUUUCAUUCAGAGUUAUACUCCCCUAGGACCACCCGGAUGUUUCCGUCGACGAUCAUCUGCUUGCUGCUGCUCAUCAUCGGCGCUGUGGCAGCCGACUGUCCUGAAAGCUAUGAGGUCGUCGGGUCCAAGUGCAUCCACCGUUACACGGGUGGAUAUCUGACGUACGACGAAGCGGCCACUUACUGCACCCAGCACUUCGGCAGGCUGCCUGUGCUUAAAGACUGCGCUUCCUUCCUUGAUGUCACCUCCUAUGUCAACGAUGGAUCCUCAACUGAUUGUAACGGCUACUGGUUAGGCGCGACCAAUGGAACGCUCACCAAUGUUUGGCAGUGGAGUGACGGAGCGGCCGUGCAAAUGGGCGCUCCGUACUGGGCCAUGGUGAGUCAAUCCAUGUUAUUUCUGUACAUGACUCAACAUAUUUGCUAA